UGUUUAUUUCUCUCUUUGAUUGUCACGCAUGUCUCGGAUUCCUCUAUUAUUGCACAUGGCGCUUCCAAUUGAUCGGUUAAAGUCAUCAGACCGGAUCCGGUUUUGCUGUUUCUCUCAAUCUCAAUCUCCGGGUGGGUGAGGUGAAGUGGCGGCGAUGACGAUGGAGAAAAGCCGAGGAAGCUGCUUGUGUUGUAUGCUUCUAAAACCGAGAACGCUCUUGAUGCGGUGGAGCGUAUUGGCCGCGAAGCAGAACACCGUGGAUGUCCAACUUCUAUCGUCUCCACUGACGAAUUCGACGCGAGUUACUUACCUCAUGAGGAAGCUGUUGUUUUUGUUGUCUCCACUACAGGGCAAGGAGACUCUCCUGAUUCAGAGAACUUCAUGUAGCUACGGAUGGUUUAGUUCCAAGAGCAUUCUUGGUGAUGGUGGGUUUGGUAAUGUCUACAGAGGAAAGCUUGGAGAUGGGACAGUGGUUGCAGUGAAACGACUGAAAGAUGUGAAUGGAACUUCUCGGAACUCACAGUUUCGUACCGAGCUUGAGAUGAUCAGCUUAGCUGUCCAUAGGAAUUUGCUUCGGUUAAUUGGUUAUUGCGUGAGUUCUAACGAAAGACUUCUUGUCUACCCUUACAUGUCCAAUUGUAGUGUCGCCUCUAGGCUUAAAGCUAAACCAGCAUUGGACUGGAACACAAGGAAGAAGAUAGCAAUAGGAGCUGCAAGAGGAGGUUUUGUUAUAGUCACUUGGCUCAACUAAAGCAUAUAUUACCAGAAGCGAUGGAGAUUAAGAGAGUGUUGAUACAUGACGAAAGAACUUGAUGUAUGAAACCAAACCUUCAUGUUACACUCAAUGCUGAUGCUGUUGAAUCCAAUGAUGACAAGUCGAAAUCUGAAACUAAGAAGAUAAAUCUCCGGAAAGUGUUCAGGGCUAGAGUUUGUUUUAUUUUUGGGAUUAAGGAAGAUUUACAGGCUGUGAAUUUUAUUUGGUUUUUAUUUGCUUUCUGAGAUUAAAGAGAACUAAGAUUGAAGAGCCAAAACAGA